CGCCUUCGCGCCGCUCCCUCCGCCGCCCGCCCUCAGCCCCGCAGCCGGCUCGGAGUGCCGCGGCCCGCGCGAUGGAGGCCCCCCCCGUGACCAUGAUGCCCGUCACGGGCGGCACCAUCAACAUGAUGGAGUACCUGCUGCAAGGGAGCGUGUUGGACCAGAGCCUAGAGAGCCUGCUGCACCGCCUGCGCGGCCUCUGCGACAACAUGGAGCCAGAGACCUUCCUGGACCACGAGAUGGUGUUCCUGCUGAAGGGGCAGCAGGCCAGCCCCUUCGUGCUGCGGGCACGGCGGUCCAUGGACAAAAGUGGGAUGCCCUGGCAUUUGCGCUACCUGGGCCAGCCCGAAAUAGGUGACAAGAACCGCCACGCGCUGGUGCGCAACUGCGUCGACAUCGCUACUUCAGACAACCUGACGGACUUUCUGGUGGAGAUGGGCUUCCGCAUGGACCACGAGUUUGUGGCCAAAGGGCACAUGUUCCGCAAGGGCAUCAUGAAGAUCGUGGUGUACAAGAUCUUCCGCAUCCUAAUGCCAGGAAACACGGAGAGCAUCGAGCCGCUCUCCCUCUCCUACCUGGUGGAGCUCAAUGUGGUAGCGCCAGCAGGACAGGAUGUCGUUUCUGAUGACAUGAGGAAUUUUGCUGAGCAACUGAAGCCUCUAGUGCACUUGGAAAAAAUCGACCCUAAAAGGCUAAUGUGAUUGAAAAGCUGGGCAGUUAAGGGAUGGGGUUUGUUCGUGUUCCUGAAGAGGGUGCUUUUUCUAAAAAGGCUUUUGAGGGCAAACCAAAACAGGGGGAGGGGAAUAAAGGACUACACAUCAAUGUUUUGUCCACUGCAAUUACUGAGUGUGUUUUCUCCUUCAUUUGUGGAUGUGAACAGAAGCAGACACUUUAAUACCAUUCAAAAGAUCAGUAAAUGCUAAGAGUGGUAGUUUUCCUUCUCCUAUUGGGGAGAUAUGUGUUAGAAAGCAUAUUGCCUAACAAUCCAAAAACAUCAAGAGUUACUGGAAUUCAGCCUUCUGUGUACCCACAGCACCAUUCAUGUAUCCUACCUAGUCAUCCAAAAUUUUCUUUUAAGUAACACAUGAAGUUAAUAUCCUUUAAGGCAGGAGGUGUUAACACAAGCAUAAACCCAAGAACUACACAGUAUAAAAGAGCAAGAGUAUACCUGUUUACAACAGAGUAGCAAAGUAAUAGCACAUGUAAGGGGAACAGCUAGGACACAAGGUACAUUCUAGUGAAACUGUUUCUGAUAUAACCAAAGUUAGAACUGGAAACCAAUUUAGCAAUGUUACAAUUGCAAGAGGUUUUCAAAUCUUUUAAGGCUGUUCCAUGUUUUUCACUGAAGCUGAGUGUGGCAGUCUUGGUUGAUGAGAAAGCAGUAAAUUACAUGGUUUUUUUUAUCAUCAGACUUCUCACACCUGGCAGCAAUAUUGAAAAUUGACAUAUUAAACAAUUAAGAGCAUCAUACAGCUGCUAAUUCACCUGGUGAUGAUUGUUUAGCACCUCUCUUGAAAGCAGGAUGCUUAAGUUACUCUCCCCAUAUUUCAAUGAUAUUUGAAUUAGGUUUGAGAGUUUUCAAAUACAGUUCAAACAAAAAAAGGUUGGGAAAAGCAGCCAAAGCAGCUUAUUUAAAUUUCUCAAGUUCUUUACAGAAGGCAUCCAUUUUACCCAUUACUAAAAUGCACCAAUCUCUGUCAGAGACAUUGCCACCCUUCAGCACCACACAACUCUCUGUGACAACUAAAGGCAAAGACCACUCCUGCAAAAAGCUUAAAAAAAAAAAAAGCCUUUUAAGUUAACAGCUACGUUUUCAACACCAGAGUUUGGACAAGAUAAGCCACAGCAACUGGAUUAGUGCUUACCGAGUGCAGCAUCUGAAGUGUUCCACUCAUACACGCUCUACAUACCAGGCAUAGGGACAACUGAGUACUUGUACACCUGCUGGAGAACACCAUUGUUGAAUACAUAGCAAUGAUUUC